AUGCUCCAAAAGCUCGUCGCCCCGUUACUGCUCCUCGUGAGCUACAGCAGCACCAUCACUGCGCAGGACACUCAGUCGAGCAGCAGGUCAUCAUGGCCAUCAUGCUCAGCCCGAACGCAGCAUCUCAGUGAUCCUCCCUAUCAAGACUACUUCUAUUCAGACUGCCAUGUUGAUGCCCAGGCCGUCGUCACCAGCCCUCUUCCCGGCAGCGAUCUCUCCAUCAUUAAGCCCCGGUUCCUCGUUGCCUGGCCUGCUGGCAACAGCGGCGUCUGCACACUCUUCCAGCCCCAGAGCGGCAAAGCUGGCAGCCUCGCCAUUGAGCUUGUCAAUUCCACGUUGGGAGCCCCCUUGGGUCCGGUCUACAGUAAAAGCAAAUGCAAAGGCUCUGCCAACCCCAUCGUCGGCGUUGAGGGCGUCCUCUCGUUCAAUGAUUCAGCUGAGCUUCCAACCGCAAUUCUAGGCAGCGUGAGAAACAUACGCGACUUCACCGAAGGAGGCUACCUCAGUCCUAUUAUUCAAGCAGGCAUCAACGUCACCAAGUUCCAAAAGACGGGCGCCCAAAUAUCUCGUUUAUGGCUGGACAAUGUCACAACGACUACUUUUACUCUUGUGCCCUGGAAAAACAACCACAACCACAUUCAAAUCGACAACACAACGCUGCGAUUUGGCGCUGGAUUGUACCGCUUUUCAGCUUCCUUCAACUACCCUCAACUCACGCAACUCACACCAAGCCAGCUUCUAAACGAGCAGUCCCAAUCCCUCGCCAAGCAACAUCAAGAGACUGUCUCAUCGCUUUCCUUCUUCUCUUACACCGAGAAACUUCUUGCCGGCGGCUGGCGUUUCCUCACUUAUUUUGGCCGCGAUAGCAUGAUCUCCGCACUUCUCCUUCAACCCGUCCUCAGCAGCUCAGCCGUCGAAGUCGUUAUUGGAGCAGCACUCGAACGCGUAAACCGAAGAGAUGGAUCAGUUUCUCACGAAGAAACUAUUGGCGACUAUGCCACGUAUGUGAAUCUGCAAAACGGCAUCGCGUCUACAGCUGCCGGAUUCACGUAUCAAAUGAUUGAUACCGAUUACUAUCUUCCCAUUUUGAUGGCGCGAUACUUUAACUCGUCGCCGAAUCGAAUCACUCCACUCUUGGACACCAAAGCUGGAUCUAUCAAUGUCGAUAAUUUGAAUCUGACCUGGGGAGAUCUCAGCUACGCAACUGCCAGCAAGAUUAUGAACAUUACAGCCGCGUUUGAGCAGAACCAAACUGUGGAUAAUCUCCUCACUCUCAAACCGGGCCAGAACGCCGGCCAAUGGCGUGAUUCUCCCUAUGGCCUCGCCAAUGGCCGCAUUCCGUUCGACGUCAACUGCGCUUUAGCUCCUGCUGCCCUGUAUGCCAUCUCCAGCUUAGCAGCCAAGCCUAGUGUCUAUCCCAACAACUCGAUGACGCAAACCUGGGCCGCAAUCGCAGCUCAGCGAGCCAAAAUAUGGGAAGACAAGACACUGCAGUUCUUCCAGUACAACAUGACUACGGAAACUGCCGUUGCGAGAUUGGCGCAGUACACAAGCAAAAGCACAUUCUACGACGGUCCUACGAAUGGCGACUCAGUAUCGAACUACUCUACUGAUGGGAUGAUAAUAGACUAUGGGCUGGCCAUCAACAGCCCAACGACGCCAGAGGUUAUCCCAAUCACUCACACAGACACGGCUUUCCGCCACUAUCUGCUCAACGCCACAGACGAUGAACAGCUCACAACAUUUAUCAACGCCUCGGCAAACGCAAUCCUCCGUCCAUUCCCAGCCGGACUGAGCACCCCAAUCGGCGUCGUCGUCGCAAAUCCGGCACUAUCCAACAACAACGAUUUCAUCGGAGGCUUCACCAACACUGCCUACCACGGCACCGUCGUCUGGAGCUGGCAGUUGGCACUCACGGCGAAAGGAUUCGAGCGACAGCUUGAGCGCUGCCACGGCUCAAGUAACGUCACGGACAUUCCAUCGUCCAUCACAAACGCAACUGCAAUACCCCAAUUCUGCAGCAAUAAUGGCGUGUACACUGCGCUGAAGACGGCAUACAACAGGCUAUGGGAUAUCAUUGAGGAUAACUCACAGCAGCUCGAGUCUGAGGUCUGGAGCUGGACGUAUAGCGGUGGUAAGAAUGGCACAGCAAAGGACUUCAAGUUCUCUCCUCUUGGCGCGAGCGGCGGAACAGAAAGCGACGUGCGGCAGUUGUGGAGUUUGACGUUUUUGUCUGUCACAAGGAACAAGAGCUUUUCGUAG